AUGGUCGGGAAAGCCGUUAAGCAGUUUUAUGACGUCGAGAUCAAUCACGUUCGUAUCGGGGGGGAGAAAGUCACCGUACCUACCUUUUCGGAUGCUAUCGUCGACUCGGGGACCACCGUGCUUGUCAUUACGAGGAAGGCUUACAUGGCUAUCAAGGCCCACUUUCAAGACAACUACUGCCACGUCCCGGGUUUGUGUGUCAACGCCAAGGGGAGGCAGGUGGCAUCCACGCAUGUCAUCAAGGGCCCAAACGUCACGGAGCAGGCACAGCCGCACGAAAUUCCCAUGUUCGGAAGGGCUGCUGAAGGCCAGAGUUGGUUCAGCCCCGGUUACUGUGCCAGACUCACCGAUAAGUACAUUAAGAUGCUUCCGGAUAUCACCAUUGCCCUACAAGGCGGCGUUGAGCUCGUUAUUGACCCCUUCACCUACAUGCUAGAGUACGAAACUACGUCCGUGUUCGGGUGGGAGAAUGUCAGCUAUCGAUGUCUGGGGAUCUCAUUUUUGGACAGCCUGGAGCUCAUGCAGAACAAAGCAAUCAUGGGUAAUACCGUCCUUCAAAAAUAUUUUGUGGAGUACGAUCGAGAGAAUUAUCGUAUCGGUUUUGCUGUCGCAAAGAACUGUGUCAACCAGUCUGCAGAACUGCUUAUCACAGGCGCGGCGUCUGUGGCGAGGGGAAGCGGCCUUCCUCAAUGGCUUCUAAUCCUGGCCGCGGUUACAUCAAUUGCCGCCUGGAUUGUGAUUCUGGGUAUGUGCGUAAGGGAAUCGAGAAAAUAUUCGCAGUAUACUCCCAUUCCAAGCAGCAGGUGA